UUGUUGGCUCCAGGAUUUGCUGGUCUGGGUCCUGCCUCCUCCUGCCUCCCUCCUGCCUCCCUCCGCCUGGCUCCUUAUAGCUCCGGGCUCCGGGGAGGGGAGCAGGAGCCCCGGACGGUUGGUACGGACAUCUCCGACGGAGACCGCUUUAAACACGGUCUCAUGACUACACACACCGCCUCACAGAGACAGACCAGGACCAGGAGGACCAGGAGGACCAGGAGGACCCGAGGACCAGAGGACCAGAGGACCAGGAGGACCAGGAGGACCGGGGACAAAGACAGACAGAGGCUGGAUGGUUGGUGUCAGUGUGGGACAACAGCUGGAGGAUAUUACCUCACCUGUCCGCAGGUAGGAGGACACCUGACGUCACUUCACCUGAGCUGAGACACCAACAGGACAUCAGGACAUCUCACCUGAGGAGACACAACACUACAGAUUUAGUUUCUGGACUCUAGCGUCCCCGUCCUGCAGCUCUGAGGACAUGCGUCGCCUGCCGGUGGCGUCCGUCUUCCUCUGCUUCUGGUUGGUGGAGAGGAGCCGGUGUGACGGCAGCCUUCAGGACGGCAUGGCGGAGCUGCACGGCCGCUUCGCCGUCAGCCUCUACCAGACGCUCACCGAGACGGAGAACGUCUCAAACCUCAUCCUGUCACCCGUCAGCGUCUCCUUGUCUCUGGGGCUGCUGCAGCUCGGCGCCAGGGGCAACACGCUGGCUCAGCUGGAGGCCACGCUGGGAUACAACAUGAAGGACGCCCAGGUGCAGGACUUCCUGUUGCAUUCCCACAGAGACGUGAGUAACAGCAGCCAGGGGAUGGUGCUGCAGCAGACGUGCACGCUGUUCGUGCAGAGCGGCGUCCGGCUGCUGACGGAGUUCACUCGGCACGCCGCCGUCUGGGCCAACGCCAGCGUGGUCCGAGCCAACUUCAGCCAGCACCGGCACGAUGAGGCGUGGCCCCUGCAGGCAGGAAGCAGCAGCGGGGAGCUGUCGGGCUCCGGCGAGGCCCAGCCGGAGGCCCCGUGGUGGGGCCACCGGCUGCAGAUGGCGCUGGUCAACGGCGUGGCGUUCAGGGGAAUCUGGCAGAAACAGUUCCUGUUCACCAACACCCAGAACCUGGCCUUCGUCCUCACCGACGGGACCGCCGUCAAGGUGCCCAUGAUGUACCAGGCCACCGAGGUCAGCUUCGGUCACUUCCGGACGCUGUCCGACCAGCGCUACACGGUGUUGGAGCUGCCGUACCUGGGCCGCUCUCUGAGCCUGCAGGUGGUGCUGCCCAGCGAGAGGAAGACGCCGCUGUCCUCCAUCGAGUCGCAGCUCACUGCUCGCCAGCUGGCGUCCUGGGACACGGGCCUGCGCCGAGCCAAGAUGGACGUCUUCCUGCCCAGGUUCAGGAUGCAGAACAGGUUCAACCUGAGGGCGGUGCUUCCCGCCAUGGGCAUCAGCGACACCUUCAACCCGACGGCGGCGGAUUUCACCGGAAUAUCAGCCGAGGAGAGUCUCUACGUGUCCGACGCCUUCCAUGAAGUGAGAAUAGAGGUCACAGAAGACGGGACGAAGGCCGCCGCCGCUACAGCGAUGGUGCUGCUCAAACGCUCCAGAGCUCCCGUCUUCAAGGCCGACCGGCCGUUCUUGUUCCUGCUGCGACACAUUAACACAGGAUCCAUCUUGUUUAUGGGUCGAGUGAUGAACCCAGCGGACCCUGAAACACACUAACCUAAACCCCCCCCACCACCACCUAUUUCACUACUGGUAUUUAUUAGUGGACCAACGGGAGGGUCCACGGACACUUCAGGAAGAGGGACAAUAUUUUUGUACAUUUUUCUGUAAAUAAAAUUUUAAUACAUGUUUUUA